AAUUUCCCAAACAGAAAGAAAAUGGCGGUUUAGACAUACAUCUGCUACAUACUUACAUGUAUUCAAACAUGUCCAUGGAUUUCAGAAUUAUGUCCACGGUCAUGUUAUAUCUGCUUUUCGUCCUGCUUGGUAUAACCCUUGCUGAAGACAUUUCGUCUGACGACCCGGAGGACCGUGUUAGAAGAGAGGCAGAACUGGAAUACCUGUAUUCUCUGCCCAACGACGAUGCUGAGAUACUAGUUCGUGUUGAGAAGGAUGUUGCAGUUGUCGGUGCGGUCAUUGCUGGUGGUAACUUAAUACUGGGCUUCAUCAACACCAUACUGAAAAAUGUGCCCGAUCCCAUUACUCGCACUUGUGUUGUGAGUAUACGUAACUUCCUGGAUACAAAGGCCUUGGUGAAUCCGGUAGUGUAUCCUACGGCAUCUAACAUGAAAGGAAUUCCACCAGAGAGAAUCGGCCCAGAGGAAGCCACUGUGCUCGAGUUUGAUCAAGCCGGAAAGGAUGAAAAACCUGAAGGCUCAUUUGUGUACAAUAUUGAGGGAACGGACCUUUAUGUAACCGUUUUAUUCCACGUGGUACCCCCAAACACCUACAACGCCAGAAUAUUUACUUAUGACGUUGAGUACUCGGACGUCAAAGAAUACCUACACCAAAGCAUGAAAACUGUUGCGGAUUUUUAUCCCUUAGUAGCACACGACACCAUUCAGUAUGACAUACGUCAAGAAUGUGGUUACAAAGUGUCUGUCAUCAUGAAUGACCACGAGAGGGCUACGAUGCAAGUUGACGUCUAUGAUUGCCCGGAUACUAUUGACAAGACUGUCCUAGUCGUGACCAAUCAAACCACCAAUGAAACUAUCAUUGACCCACUGGGAUGUGAGCCUGGCGAUUUACCAAACUGUGGGUGCUGCCACAAUAUCUCCGGCAACUACACUGAUUCUCUCUCGAGCUCCAACGCCAACUCUAAUUCUUUGUCAAUAGAACAAAUUCUAGCUAUAGCGCUAUCACAACUAGUAGCAGUUUUACUAGUUCUGCUAAUAAUUGCUAUUUUCUACAAAAGACACAGACGGUAGACUUUACAAUACCAGUACAACGUGAAAAAAUAAAAAAAAGUUACUAAAAGAAAAGGAAAAAUUAUUUUAGCAAACAAUGUAAAAAUUGUAACUUCGUCACUCACCAUUUGAAGUUAUAAGUAAAAAAAAUAUUCUUAGAAUUUAUUAAAAAGAUAAAUCUUGAGUUCCCGUUUAAAAGUAGUUCGAUAAUCCAUCCUACGUGGUAGAAGUGCAAGUAAAUUCCAUUCCCUAGAUGAAGCGACUUUAAAAGAUUGUCACCAUAUGUGACGAGACGAGCCUUACGAUAAGGAAAUGCGUAAUUGGGAAUAACAGCUUUGAGGGUCUGCCGCUAGAUGGCGUGGGGGUGAAAGCAGUCCUUCUAAAAUCUCGCAGAAUCUCGCUCACGGCUUUACACCACACCGGCGAGGUGUGGGCCAUGGGCCAAGCUGUGAAAGCAGCGUUAGCAUAUACAGAAAAAGUUUAAAAAGAAUCCGUGCUUUUAUAUGCAACCAAUGAAAUUGUUUGAGAAUAGGGGUGAUGUGACGGUAAAUUUAAAAUUGUAGUGUGCAGUCUAAUUAGUCUGUUUCUCCAGAAAAAGGGCAUAGAACACGUUUUAAUGCCUUUUAGGCUUACGCAGUCGACAGUCAAAAUGUAGUUUAACGAAGAGUCUUAUUAUGAAGAUAGUUUUCAGUGUCGAUUGACUCGUUUCUCCCGAACAAUGGUAUUGAACAUAUUGUCAUGCUUUGUAGACUACAUAUAUAACAAGCAGCAGGAACACAUUUUGACAAUGUGUUAUGUACAUUAAAUAAUAUUGGAAUGCCUGGGUGUAUACUUAAACUAUAAUUGUUUUUUCACCGAAAAAGAGUUAUUAAUGUUCUUCAUACUUGUAAUUUUGUGCAUUCAGUUUUAAAUGUGAUAUAAUUUUAGUUAUUAAUCAAUAUUUGCAAAGU